UGUGCCGCCAUUAAUAAUAAUGAUAAUCAUUGUUUCUUCUGUCUUCCUCCUCACCACUUCUUCUUCUUCCUCUGCUGCUGCUGAUACAGAUUCCAAGGUGGUUGGGGAGAAAUGCUCAAGAAGAAGACACUGUGGAGAAGGGCUGUUCUGCAAUUCCUGCCCUGCCAUAUUUCAGGGAUCAAGAUGUGUCAGAUCAACUUCUUCAAACCCUUUCGACCUUUUGAAUGAUUCAUUGCCAUUCAACAAGUACGCAUAUUUGACAACACACAACUCGUUUGCAAUUACAAGAGAAAUGCCAAAGUCUAACCAAACCCUGCAACCAGAAGGGCUUUUUCCCAGAGUCACCUUCUCAAAUCAAGAGGAUAGCAUAACGGAGCAGUUACAAAACGGAGUUAGAGCUCUUAUGUUGGACACUUAUGACUACAAAGGAGACAUUUGGUUGUGCCAUUCCUUCAAGGGAAAAUGUUAUCCAACCACUGCAUUUGAGCCAGCAAUAAAAGCCUUGAAGGAGGUAGAGGCAUUUCUGGCAAAGAAUCCAUCAGAAAUAGUGACACUGAUAUUGGAAGAUUAUGUGGAGUCACCAAAUGGACUAAGCAAAGUGUUGAGUGCUUCUGGGUUGAUGAAGUACUGGUUUCCUCUCUCAGAUAUGCCUCAAGAUGGCCAAGAUUGGCCUUUGGUCAGAGACAUGGUUUCUAGAAACCAUAGGCUCAUUGUCUUCACUUCUCAGAGACACAAGCAACAAAGUGAAGGCAUUGCUUAUCAGUGGAACUUCAUGGUUGAAAAUCAAUAUGGGAGGGGAGGGAUGGAAAAAGGAAGAUGCCCAAACCGUGCAGAGUCAUCAGCAAUGAAUGAUGAAACCAAAUCACUGGUUUUGGUGAAUCACUUCAGAAGCAUUCCAACCAAGCAGGUGGCUUGCAGAGAUAAUUCACAACACCUCCUCAACAUGCUCUCUACUUGUUACAUGCAGGCUGCUCAUCGUUGGGCUAAUUUCGUUGCCGUUGACUUUUAUAAGAGAAGUGACGGAGGAGGAUCGUUUCAAGCUGUGGAUAUGCUGAACGGGAAGCUCUUGUGUGGAUGUGAUGAUCUACAUGCUUGUUUGCAUGGAUCAUCAUGCAGACCCAGCUAAUCAAAAGAAGCAUGUGACUGCGCUUGUCUAUUUGUGUUGUGUGGAUAUUGCUGCCAGUUUAACUUUCUAAGAGAUGAAGUAUUUGUUGUAUAUAUAGUUUUGUGUUGGGUGAAGGUUACUUUGAAACAUUUCUUCCGUGUAUCCAACACUUUAAAAUAUUUUGUAGUAUAAUUUUAUUUUUAAAGUAUUAAAAUACUAAACAUACAUGUAAAAAUACUUGAAUGUACUGAAUAAACUACAAAAUAUGUUGUGAUGUUAAAGUAUAUUAAAAAAAAA